GAGGUAGAGUGAAGAAGCUGCAACUUGUUUCAUAGAACCCCUUCCCGGUGUUCUCGAGAUUCAGCUAGCCAUGAAAGGAGGUAGCGGCGGUAAACGCACCCGAGGCGGCGCAGCGAGGCCUGGGUCGCGCGGGGCAUUAGAAGUAGGCAGCGCUAGCGGCAAAGGGAAUGGUUUGCUGGGGAAAGAGAGCAAGGCAAUCGGCGGCAAAAGGGGUGGAAAGUCGCGGCAAGUAGGAAAGAUGAUCCGCGGAAAGAAGGUGUUUGGCGGGGGGAAGACGAUCGGGGGAGACGGAGUGAAUCUGCGCAUGGUUAAAUGGAAGGACGUGACGCCCGUGGAAGGGCUGCAGAUCCUCAUGGACCACCGCAACCCCGCUGCAGGAGGCUUCAUGGGGCUGGAGGAGAUCGACCCCGCGGAAUUUGAGGGCCUGGCGGGACGAGGGAAGGGGAAGGGGAAGAUGAGCAGAAUACUUGAGGCGGCUAAAGACGCAGGGGAGGGGAAGGGUAAGUUGAGCAAGAGCCAGAGGAGGAAGAUGCAGAGGAAGCUGCUGAAAACAGCUCUGAAGCGAGGGGAGAAGGCGGGGAGGAACAAUGUGCCAGGGGAAAGGCGGGAGGGUGGAAAAAAGGAGGGAGAAGAGGAGGGACAAGAGGGAGAAGACGAGGGAGAAGACGAGGGAGAAGAAGAGGAGGAGGGAGAAGAGGGGGAGUGCGAGGAGGGGGAAGCGGGGGAGGGUGACGGGGAGGCGGCCGAAGGAGAGGAUGACGAAGGGGGGGAGGGGGAAGCGGGGGAGGGUGAAGGGGAAGAGAGAGUAGGAGAGGAGGAGAAGGGGAGGAGGACAUACUCAUGCCAGACUGGGAAAUGCUGCGCCUGAACCCCCUCAUUCUCCGCGCUCUAAAGGACCUAGGCUUCACCUCCCCCACACCCAUCCAGCGCGCGUGCAUCCCUGCAGCCGCCAUGCGGGGGAGGGACGUUGUGGGGGCGGCUGAAACUGGGUCAGGUAAGACCCUGGCGUUCGCGAUUCCGAUUCUGCAGCGGUUGUUGGAUGAGAGGGAGAAGGAGAGGCGGCAGGCG